AUGCACAAAUCCCCCGCGGCGAUGCUGAACCGCCCUAUCGCGGAUGAUGUGGACAUCUCGAUCCAUCAGCCUAGAGAUCCCAACACAUUGAGCAACUACAAUGUCUGGAGAACCAAGCAUGUGACUGCAGAUCUGGAGCUGGAGUUUACCAAAAACAGAUGUGUUGGUACCAUCAAGCUCGAGUUGGAGAGGCUCGAGAAGGGCCAGGGAAGUGGAAAGGUUGUUCUUGAUACCAGCUUCCUCGAUGUCCACGAAGUCAAGCUUGCUGGCAAGAAGGCCAAGUGGAACCUUGGAGAGAGAUUCGAGCCUUAUGGAAGUCCUCUUACUAUCGAGAUCCCUGACAACCACUCUGGAGAUGCUGAAAUUGAGGUUACCAUGGCUACUACCGACAAGUGCACCGCUGUCCAGUGGAUGACACCUGAGCAAACCUCCAACAAGAAGCACCCUUACAUGUUCUCUCAAUGUCAAGCCAUCCACGCUCGCUCGCUGUUGCCUUGCCAGGACACUCCUGACGUCAAGUCGACCUUCACUUUCAACAUCCGCUCGCCUCUUCCCGUCCUCGCCAGCGGUCUGCCUACUGGAAAUAAGGACUUCCGUCCUGGUGAGGGUGAUGCUCCCGGCACCCUUUUGUACACUUUCGACCAAAAGAUCCCCAUGCCUGUGUAUCUCUUUGCCCUCGCGAGUGGAGAUCUUGCUUCUGCUGCUAUCGGUCCUCGCAGCUGCGUUCACACUGGUCCUGAGGAGCUCCUGGCUUCGCAAUGGGAAUUCGAACCUACCGAAAAGUUCAUUCAGGCUGCCGAGAAGAUUGUUUUCCCUUAUGCUUGGACUCAGUACAACGUGCUUGUUCUGCCUCCCAGUUUUCCUUACGGUGGAAUGGAGAACCCCAUCUUCACCUUUGCCACACCGACUCUUGUCUCUGGCGACCGUGAAAAUGUCGAUGUCAUUGCACAUGAACUUGCCCAUUCGUGGUCCGGCAACUUGGUCACCAACUGCAGCUGGGAGCACUUCUGGUUGAACGAAGGCUGGACCGUCUACCUGGAGCGCAGAAUUCAAGCUGCUAUCCAUGGCGAACCUCACAGAGACUUCAGCGCCAUUAUCGGCUGGAAGGCCCUAACAGACAGUAUCGAAGGCUACGGAGCUGAGCACGAAUACACAAAACUGAUCCCUGACCUCAAGGGCAAAGACCCCGAUGAUGCAUUCUCCAGCAUUCCCUACGAGAAGGGCUUCACUUUCCUCUACUACCUUGAGAAGCUUACUGGCAAGNNGGAGAAGUGGGACAAGUUUAUCCCCCACUAUUUUACCACCUUUGCUCAAAAGUCUCUUGACUCGUACGAGUUCAAGGCUACUCUCCUGGACUUCUUCGCAAAGGACGAGAAGGCCACCGACAAGUUGAACUCUGUCGACUGGGACACCUGGUUCUACAAGCCUGGUUACCCUCCCAAGCCUGAUUUCGACACCAGCAUGGUAGAUGUCUGCUACGACCUUGCCAACAAGUGGGAGUCUCUGAACGGCGGAAACUCGGACUUCAAGCCCUCAGCCUCGGACAUUUCGUCCUGGUCAGCCAAUCAGUCCGUCGUGUUCCUUGAGAAGAUUCAGACCUGGAAGACACCUCUUUCGCCUGCUCUGGUCGAGAAGAUGGGAGAAGUAUACUCGUACGCUGCUUCAAAGAAUGUCGAGGUUGUCAGUAGAUAUAUGAUUGUCGGUCUGAAGGCAAGAUGCGAGAGUGUAUACAUUCCCACCACGGAAUUGCUCGGCAGAGUUGGUCGCAUGAAGUUUGUGCGUCCACUCUAUAGAAACUUGAGGGAGUGUGAUGAGAAGCUGGCCCAAGAGACGUUCGAGAAGUACAAGGAGUUCUACCAUCCCAUUUGUAAGGACAUGGCUAGCAAGGACGUCUAUGGAAAGGGUCGCGGUGUGGUACGAGCGGCUCAAUGA